UUAAACCAUGUAUUUUGUAAACUUUAUAUCUCAAUGUUCAGAUCUCCAAUCUAUUUAAUUUUUUCGUCAUAUAUUCUUAAUGAUGCCUUCUUCAUUUUCUGAAAGAUUUGAAAUUUUUUCUCAACAUACAAAUUUUUUAUGAAUUUUUAAAGAUCAAGGCAAAAUUAAGAAAUUAGUGUUCACCUCAAAGAUGAGAUUGAACUUGGAUAUUCGGAAAAGGAAUCAUGGCGCAAAAUAUGAAAAGUGAAGUAUGGGGAUGUUAUCUUCUAUUCCACGGAAAAAAAUUCUUAUUGAGUAAUCCACAUUUUCCUAAAUACAUCUUCAUCAUGUUUGAAUUUUAUAUAGAAAGUAUGGUACUGUAUUAAUAUCCCACCUUUAUUUGAGUCUCAGAUUAAUUUACCUUUUUUUACUGUCAUCGUUUAUACCUCGCAAAUUUUAAGUAAAUGGACUGCCCAAGGGUAUAUUGGAGGAGGGAACGACAAAUAUCUUUAUUGAAAUUUGAAACAAUUUAUCCUUUAUUUAAAAAAUCCUUAACAAAAUUAUUCUUGCAAUCCUUAAUAUUCCAAAAUUUAUUCAAGUCUAUCACACUUUUUGAUUUUUCCUCAAACAUUUUUGUAGCCACUUCACAAACUUUACAUUUUGGAGAAUGGUCAUAGCCAUAAUGACGUUUUGUGUAGGUUCUUGUCCAUUCGAGAUGUCUUAAAAAUGAAAAUUUGUAUACCAGUGAAUGAAAAUCUCGAUUUGCUUGUGCUCGUAGUCUUACUCGUAGUCUACUUGCUCGCACCGAGUACGGAUCCGGGUAUUUCUAAUCACUAAGUUUGAUUUUAUUUUGUUUAAUAUUUACAUUUCUAAAAAAGAUUUUUAAUAAAAAAGUUGAUUCUGCAGAACUAGAUGUAGCUAUUUUUGGAUGUCAAAUAAUUUUGACUAAAACUCAUUCCUUAUCUGGCUUAUUCUUGGUUAAAUAUCCGUCC